ACCCGUCGACUGUAAUCCUCACUGUACACAGCUGAAUCCUCUGCGGGUAUUUUCCGCCUCACUUUUAAGUUUGUUCCAGAUACAAGAAUAAAAAGAAAUGGACAACUCCGGGAAAGAGAAGGAGGCGAUUCAGCUCAUGGCCGACGCCGACAAAAAAGUCAAGUCCUCCGGCUCUUUCUUGGGAGGGAUGUUCGGAGGCGGACAUCACAAAGUAGAGGAGGCAUGUGAGAUGUACUGCAGAGCGGCCAACAUGUUCAAGAUGGCCAAGAACUGGAGCGCUGCUGGAAGUGCAUUCUGCAAGGCUGCACGUCUACACAUGCAGCUGCAGAACAAACACGACUGCGCCACCAGUUUUAUCGAUGCGGGAAAUGCUUACAAGAAGUCCGACCCCAACGAGGCAAUCAAGUGUUUAAAUGCUGCCAUCGAUAUAUACACAGACAUGGGAAGAUUCACCAUCGCAGCCAAGCACCACAUCAGUAUCGCAGAGAUCUACGAGUCUGAUCUGGUGGAUAUCGAAAAGGCGAUUGCACAUUAUGAACAAGCAGCAGACUACUACAAAGGAGAAGAGUCAAACAGUUCUGCCAACAAGUGUUUGCUGAAGGUGGGAGCUUACUGCGCUCAGUUGGAGCAGUACCAGAAGGCUAUUGAGAUCUACGAGCAGGUCGGAGCCAACACGAUGGACAACCCGCUGCUGAAGUACAGCGCCAAAGAGUAUUUCUUCAAAGCCGCCCUCUGUCAUUUCAUCGUUGACGAGCUCAACGCCAAGAUCGCCGUUGAAAAAUACGAGGAGAUGUUCCCGGCGUUUUCCGACUCCAGAGAAUGCAAGUUGUUGAAGAAACUUCUCGAGGCUCAUGAGGAACAGAACAGCGAGGCUUUCACAGAAGCGGUGAAGGAGUUCGACUCGAUCUCCCGUCUGGACCAGUGGCACACGACCCUCCUGCUGCGCAUUAAAAAGACCAUCCAGGGCGACGAAGGCGACCUGAAAUGAAAGCGACGCCGGCGCCGCGGAGCCGCAGCACGGAGGGACAAAUCCAUCACGCAUGCUUUUCACACACACACAGACACACAGAGCGGCGCACACCUUCACACCCGCCUCGCCGAGCGCAGCGUCGGCAGAGGAGUGACGAUUCUGCAUAUCCCACCGCUAUACCGUCAGAUCUUCGCUUUCCUUACUGAAUCUAGUCAGAAUGUAAAUCCUCUCGCCCUCACCUCUGUCUAGAGGAUUGCUGCAUACCUUCUUCUGCUGAGAUCCGUCCUGGGGGGGAUUUCACAGCGGUAUUUUUGGUUUUGAUGUUAGUAUUGACAAAGAGACACUGCAUGUUUUGUACAAUUAUUGUUUCUUAGUCAGAUGCAGCUUGUUUUUUUUGUUUUUGUUUUUUUAAAAAUCUAUUAGAUAUUUAAACGGAUUAUUUAAACGAUCAGUUUUACGGUAUGUGUGGAUUUCAAGAAUUAUUUGUAUUUGUUGGGAUAGAAGUUGUUAUUUAUCCAUUUUAUCACCACAGGAGGUGACUCUUCUCGAAAAAGGGCAAUGAUAUGCACUAAGUGUAGACUGUUAAACAUUUGUAACUAAGCCACUUCAUGAUUUUAUUAAUUUACAACUCCUUUAGGAUUCGUUGAUGUUUUGAAUGUUUGAAGCUACGAUUUAUCGUUUGCCUGUAAAGACUGUACUUUUUGAACGAAGAGCACCGACUCCUUAUUCCCAGGGCAGUAAUCUUGGGGUCAUCACUCAUCUCGUGUCGUGUCGUGAAUUUCUCCUCGAAGGUUCGGCGGACCUUCCUGACGGCCAGUCGCUACGCAUGUCAUUGUGUAUAGUUCAGUGUUGUGUACAUUCACUAGUGUUAGCCAGACCAAAGUUUUUACGGGAGGGUCGGUGGCCCCGUGUAACCCAGCUUCUUCCAGGUGGAACAACAACAACAACGGGCUGUGGAUAUGAUCUGUAUGCUUGUGCAAAUUGACAUUAAUAAAGGUAUUAUAUCCCAUAA